GGCAAAGUGCAAAGUAACAGCUGAGGAAAGGAGAGGACACCAGGCACGAGAACUGUGACACAGACUUACUUAAACACACUCCAGCAACUCUCUCAGCAGGAAACAUUGACUGAAACAGUGCAACUCACCCUGUGGACCACUGACUGAGCCCGAGGCGAGAAGACUGUGAGAUAGUCCAGUGUGCUGUGCCCUGCUCCAGUGGUAACCAUGACGACUGCAGAGCCUCCAAAUGGACUGUGCCACCGAAACAUCAAGGCCCGUCAGUCAGAGGAGCUCUCCUCUCAUGUUUGGAGCCGUGAUAAUGUGCAGGAGGACGAUCUGAGACAGUGGCAGAGACAUGCACAGAAAGUGAAGGUAAAAGUCCUGGAGCAGGUCCAGGAUCAGCUCAGUGAUAUUCUAGACAAAGCUCUGACUGAGUCCGUCCAGCCGUUCACCCACAUCCAGCCGCCUGUAAACGGAAAGAAGACAAAAAAGCCGCCAUCCAGAUCUCAGAAAAUGGAUGAUGGCAAAGUGUUUAUGGACAGAGCGUCACUGUUGGAUGAACUGUUUGAGAUCAGUCACAUCAGAACCAUCUACCACAUGUUCCUCGCCGUCCUCCUCAUCUUCUGCCUGAGCACGCUGGCUGUCGACUACAUCGACCAGGGCAGGUUGGUCUUGGAGUUUGACCUGCUUUUCUUUGCCUUUGGGAAGCUGGGGACAGUCACCUGGGCCUGGGGGGUGAUGUUUGUCUACACCCUGCUCGUUCCCUACUACGCCCUGGUGCUCUGGGGCACGUUGUACCACAGCUCCCCCUCCAAGCUGGGGCUGUCUCUGGGGACGGGGCUGAUCCUGUCUGCCGUACAGACCUGUGUUCUGGGACUGUUCCCCAUCUACGUGGUCGUUCACAACCAGCUGCCGCCAGCGUCGCGCUUCAUCGUGAUACUGGAGCAGAUUCGAUUCCUGAUGAAGAGCUACUCCUUCAUAAGAGAAACGGCUCCUGUUGUGAUGAAGAAUACGCCAAAGGAAGGAAAAAGUCCCAGAUUUCCAACGUUUUCCAGCUAUCUGUACUUCCUCUUCUGUCCAACUCUCAUCUACAGGGAGUCAUACCCCCGAAAUACUCACAUAAGAUGGAAGUAUGUCGGCGUUACUCUUGGCAUGAUCCUGGGCUGCCUGUUUUACGGAUACUUUAUCCUGGUGCGCCUCUGUGUGCCCGUCUUCAGACCCGAGACCAACCAGCCCUUCAGUAAACGGACUAUGGUUCUGGCCGUGUUCCACUCAAUAUUACCAGGUAUAAUGCUCCUUCUGUUGUGUUUCUUCGCCUUCCUGCACUGCUGGCUCAACCUCUUCGGGGAGCUGCUGUGUUUUGCUGACAGAAUGUUCUACAAGGACUGGUGGAACUCUACAUCCUUCGCCAACUAUUACCGAACCUGGAACGUGGUGGUUCACGACUGGCUGUAUUACUAUGGAUACAGAGACUUCCUCUGGCUGUCGAAGAGGAAAUUCCGAGCAGCUGCCAUGCUCUCCGUGUUCAUCGUCUCCGCUGUCGUCCAUGAGUACGCCUUGGCCAUGGGCUUCGGCUUCUUCUACCCCGUCAUGUUCUGCCUCUUUGCUGUCUUUGGAGUGGUGUUCAAUUUUACCAUGAACGACAAGCGUCAGAGCCCCGUGUUCAAUGUCAUCAUGUGGGCGUGUCUCUUCCUCGGCCAGGGCGUCCAGGUGUGUCUGUACUGCCAGGAGUGGUACGCCCAGAUACACUGCCCACGGAAAGGGAACAGUUUCUGGGAGCUGGUGACGCCUCGAUCCUGGUCCUGCAGCUACCAGAGCUGAAGCUGCCUUUUGUCCAGGGCUGGAGGGAUGAAGGAUGAAGAGGUGAUGGACUAAACGUCGACGAAAGCAUCGGAAGGAAAACUGUAAAUAUUAGGGGUGUAUCGGUUCCCAAACCAGGACUGAAACCGCGACACAUGAGUCCACUAUCUUGUAGACAGAUCCACAAUACGACCCCCCAGGCUAGCUGUUUCCCCCCGUCUUCAGUCUUUAUGCUAAGCUAAGCUAAUUGCCUCCCAGCACAAUCUCCACAUUCAGUGUCUUCUAAAGUUCAGGGGGGAAAUGUGUACUGUAUAUAUUUUUCACAAGUUCUAAUCUAAUGCUUUAAAUUAUUAAAUGUAUUUAAAUAUUGAAUAAUGAGCCCUCAAGGCCUCAGACCAAAGAACAAUUUAUUGUAGAAUAAAAUGUGUAAUUAAUUUUUAUUGCUGCUGUGUUUGUAUUAAAGCUAGACAUGGUUACAAACCCUGAAUGAAA